UUCUGGGAGUCGGAGUCUGGGAGGGAAUCGCGUGGCGGGCCGGCUGGAGCGCAGUUCCUGAAUUGCCUGCUUGUUCUGCCUCCCUUUUUUUGGCAUUUGCCUGCAAGAGAGGAAGGAAAGGACCGGGUUGGACUCUCUUGCGGGGUAGUUCUUUAAUCUGUUAAAAUGGUUUUUAAAAAGAAGAAAGAGAUGCAAGUUGAUGCCUUUGUUCUUGAUCACCAGAAGCUUGAAAGACUUAGCUCUUUUGCAGAUGCUGAAGGCCAAAAUCUAGCUUCUGUUUUGUUGCGCUGCGCGCAGUUGAAUGAUGGCAUCCAGCAAAUCCAUUAUAUCAAACAGAUUGUGCCUUUAUUAGAGAAGAUGGAUGUGAAUAGUUUAUACGAUCCUAUGGUUAAAAGCUGCUUAGAUAUUUUGGGAUGUAUAUUUUUAUCUUUGGAUAUAAAGAAUCCUUUGAAGAAAGUGUUGGCAAGCUCCUUAAAUGGAUACCCAGAACCUCUUAUUCAGGAAGCUACACUGAGUUUUGUGGCUUGCCUAGAGGAGGAAUUAAAAACUACAGAUCUGUCCCAGUAUAGAAAAACUAUGGACAACCUUGCUUUCUGUAUGGAAAAUUUUCACAUAGGCAAAUCAUGUGUGAACAUCCUGUUAGAAGAAGUUCUUCGAUUUCUACAGAGGUCUAUACAUGAAAUAGAGGAAGAAAGUAGAAAGCUCAGAGGAAACCGCAUUGCUCAGACUCGCUUGAUGCAUGAUUUGCUGAUGGGUGUUAAAGUUUCAAUGAUAUUGAUACAAAAAAUUGAAGAAAAUGUUCAGGAAAAUACUUGGAAGAGAUUGGAUUGUCCUGCUUGGCAAAUUAUGUGUGGACUACUGACUACUUUUAUAUGCUUCUUAAAUAAAGAAGAUCUCUUACAGACAGUUCAGACUACAGCAGGAUUGGCUGUUGUUCUUUUUAUUAAAAAUAUGUUUGAACCAGCUGAACAACUACCAUGUUUGAUCAGUAACUUGCUGUGUGGUGAACUGAAAUGUUCUGAUGUACCAACCUGGUUCAUGGACAGCUGUGGAAAUCUGUGUAAUGCUACACUUUCAGACUCAGUCCUCCUUUUCCUUUCACAUGGAGCACUGGCUAUGUUAGACUGGAAGAACAACAACACAGGGCAGAUUGUUGAGAAACUGCUCUUGGAUAUUGCCCAGACUUUGUUGACCUUGAGUACACGGCUAAAAGAAUCUGCGAUGGCUGCAUCCCUCUCCAGAGUUGUAACUAUUUGGACGAAUGCGGCUUUGGAUGCUCUUCAGUCAAGCUCUAUAAAUCUGAAGACGAGUCUUAGUGGAAACACAGAUACAAUUGGAAAAAUGCUGGAUUAUGUGUAUGCGCAUUGGGAACAUCCUCUGGAUGCUGUUAGGCAUCAAACCAAACUUAUAUUUAAGAAUAUCUUACAAAUACAUCAGGCGACCGUAAAAGGAUCUGUUGAUGUAAAAGUAGAUCCUUUCUUCUUGGGUUUAAUUGAUAGCUUGCUAAGUUUGGAAUGGCACGUUAAAGGUAAAUAUUCAUCCCUCGGCUGUCUUGUGGAGUGUAUUGGAAUUGAGUAUAUUUUAGCAAUGGAUAAGACAAUUCCUGCUCAGAUCUUGAGUGUCAUGAGUGAUCAGUCUUUCGCACCUUAUGCAAGUGAUCUGUUGGAAAUCAUGUUUGUGAAUCACAAGAGGCAUCUUACAUCCAUUUUGGAAGGAAACACCUGGAUUGACAGUUGGCAUGAGACAUGGGUGUCUCCCCUGCUUUUAAUUUUGUGUGAUGGAAAUGCAGAGCAAGCCAUGUAUGUAACAGACUAUUAUCUACCAAAAUUGCUGAAAUGUAGCCCUGAAAGCAUGAACUACAUGUUCAAAAUCCUUUGGACAUCGGCAGAAUGUAAUGUCGGAUCUUGCAGUACCAGAGGUGCACUUGGAGCCUUGAUGGCCUGCCUGAGGACAGCCAGAGCUCAUGGGCACUUACAGUUUACAGACAUAAUGCAUGGUGGCCUAGUAUCCAUUGGAUGUAUAAAACAAGGCUUAGUCCAUCAACAUGAUCAGGUACGGAUAGAUGCUUUGGGUGUGCUCUGUGAGAGUCAUCGCAGCACAGAAACAAUCUCCCUUGAAGAAAUGCAACUCAUACAGUUUUUUAUUAGAUACAACUUGAACAGCCAGUCUCCAGCAGUGAGGCAGCAGAUUUGUUCCCUACUAAAAAAGUUGUUCUGCCGAAUAUAUGAAAGCGCCCAGGGAGCCCAUAAAAUGCAGCAAACAAAAUCUAAGCAGGAUUUAGUUAAGGACUCUGUUAUAUGGGAUCCAUUAAUGACUUUGCAGCUGUACAAGGAUUUCAUGUCAUCUGUCUGUGGUAUACUAUUUGGAGCUCUAUUUCCUGGUUCAUCCCAUCCAACCAGAUUUACAGCACUGACUCUUUUGACAAUAAUAACUGAAACAUUUCCUGUUUUAGAAGGACAGAACCAGGAAUUAUUUCAGAUUGCUCAAGAGGUUGAUCCUGCUCGUAUUCAAAGUCUACUCCAUUGUUUUGCCAGCACUUUUGAGGAAGUAAAGGUUUUGGCAUUUCAUCUCCUGAUGAAACUUCAUCCUGCCUUGCCUUAUUUUCAGGAUCCAGAAAAAUUGCAGGCAUUGUUUGAAGUAGCAAUGCAACUCAGCAGAAGUACGAAACCCUAUGACUGUGUGACUGCUUCUUAUUUACUAAACUUCUUAAUACAGCAGAAAAAUCUGCCAAAGAUUCUCAAUGCAUUUUAUUCUGAUGUGAAUGUGUCUGAUGACCCAGUGGAAGGAAACACUUUGGCUGUUAUCAAGUACUUGUUGCAGAAUCUUGAAAGAGAAAUAAUGCAAGCUGAAAAGUCUUUACUGCAGGCAGCUGCUUUAUUUCCAAUGUAUGGUAGAGUACAUUGUAUAAAAGGAGCUUUACAGCAGUUGUCACCCAAUAGAAUGACAGUGAUUUCUGAAUGGAAAGAGCUGGUGGCAAAACUUAUUAAAGUGUCCUAUAAACUUUCUGCUGUCGUAUCUCCAGUAGUUCAGAGUUCUUCACCAGAAGGCCUGAUUCCAAUGGAUACUGACUUAGACACCGCAGAGCGCUUGCAGUCAAUUCUGCUUGAGAUCCAACCAUGUGAUACAAAUGAUUAUUUUGUGGGAUCAAAAUUGUUGAAAGAACAGUGCAGCCUGGACUGCGGUGAUGAGACAACUGAUAAUGCAACCACUGAAAUAACAGGGGAAGAACAGCAGACAUGUGAUGUAACAGCUCAGAUGGUGCUAGUAUGUUGCUGGCGAAGCAUGAAGGAAAUAUCACUACUUUUAGGGAAAUUGUGUCAACUUUUGCCCUUAGAAGCAUUUCCUGGUUCACAUGCGCUAAUAACUGUGGAGCUGGUGAAAGAUAUUGGGGAAUAUUUCAAACAUCAUCUCCUGAAGUCAAGGCACAGAGGAGCAUUUGAGCUAGCUUAUGCUGGUUUUGUUAAACUCACUGAAGUACUUUCAAGAUGUAACAAUGAAAACAUGCACAAGCUGCCACAGCAAUGGCUGCACAAUGUAUUGGAAGAAAUUAAAUCUAGCAAUCCUUCAUCUAAACUGUGUGCCACUAGACGCAGUGCUGGCAUUCCAUUUUAUAUACAGGCUUUGCUAGCUUCAGAACCAAAGAGUAAAACGGGCUUGCUAAAAAUGACAAUGCAAGAGUUGAUACCCUUAGCUUCCCCUUCAGAUACACCACCAACCACAAUCCCUCAGGUCCAUGCUUUAAAUAUAUUGAGAGCUUUAUUCAAGGAUACUCGCUUAGGAGAAAAUAUCAUUCCUUACGUGGCAGAUGGAAUGCGAGCAGCAAUAUUAGGUUUUAUGUCUUCUGUCUGGGCAGUAAGAAAUUCAUCUACCCUUCUUUUUAGUACCCUCAUUACAAGAAUAUUUGGUGUUAAAAGAGGAAAAGAUGAGAACUCGAAAAAAAACAGCUUUGGGCAAAUGUCUGGGACAGAGUUCUUCACUCGAUUUCCAAAUCUGUAUCCAUUUUUGCUCAGUCAGUUGGAACUUGUAGCGAGCACAGUAGACAGCAAAUCAGGUGAAUUGAAACUCCAUCCAAGCUUGUUCCUUUUGCUUUUGAUCUUGAGUAAGCUAUAUCCAUCACCAAUGGAUGGGGCCUAUUCGGCUCUUAGCAUGGCUCCAUUUGUCCCUUUUAUUUUGAGGUGUGGCAACUCUCCAAUAUACCGCUCACGUGAAUUGGCUGCCCGGGCCCUUGUUCCCUUUAUUAUGAGAAAUAUGGUGCCACAGACAGUGACAUCCUUGUUGACUGAGCUUCCAGAUUACUCUGAUCUUUGUGUACGACAGAAUGCAAUUCAUGGAACGUUGUUGCAGGUCUUUCACUUGCUGCAGUCCUACUUGGACUCCAAACAGAAGGCUAAUUCAGACUUUCUUCAAGGGUUGAGCAACAUCAUCACUUGUAUUGAAGCCAAGCUGUGGUUGGCUAAGAGGCAAAAUCCCUGUUUGGUGACCAGAGCAACAUAUCUUGAUGUCCUUGUCUUUCUGAAUAAUUACCUUGGAAAAUCCAGAACAGAAGGGACAGAAUUGCUCAGAUUUGAGGAGAAAAUCAGUGAAGUUAUCUCAGAUUCAGAGCUGGCAAAGGGCAUCAACCUCUCUUCUGCAGUGCCAGGACUUGCUCAGUAUCUCCAAAGCCUUACCAAGCUCUUCAUAUCUAUGUGUUCAUCAACUACAAAUCUUGGAUCUGCACACAGUGAUUUACUUAUCAAAGCGAACAGAUCAGAUUCUUGUUUGUCAGUUGCACAUCUGCUGACUUCUGACUUAUGUGAAGUGCGUUUAUUGGUCUUAGAUGCAACCCUGAUGUGGUUGAACCAAGCGAAUUGUAAACAUGUAACGGAAGGAGGAAAUGUUCUGUUGUGUCUACAGUCUGGUUUGGAGGAGAUCCUUCUUAGGCUAUCUUUCAACGAAAAGCAGCCAGAAUGUUUUUGCAAGGUAUUACAGGUUUUCUACUGUAUGGAUCUUAAAAAUCUGCUUGCAAAAACCGAAGAUGCUAUAAGUAUGAGUCCAAAGGAUUUUUUGCAUUGGGUUAUGAACAUUGCAAAUACCUCUGACAGCAUUGAAAUUCAAAGUAUAGCCCUUAAGUUUGCUUCAAAGUUGGUCAUCCAUCUUGUACAAAAUUGGCAAGAGGAUGUGAAAUCAGAAGUAAAAGAGUGGGUUGAAAUAGUCACAUCUUAUUGUGGAGAUGAACAGCAAAUGGAUCUCAAAUUGUCUGCAGCAGAGAUACUUGUGAGCAUUACACCUCUUUUCCUGACAAAUCAGAAGCUUUUCUUGGGUCUGUCUGAUACUCUGCUCCUUUGGAAGUGUGUUGUGCUGCUGUUGCAGAGUGAAGAACAGAUAGUAAGAGAAACAGUUGCUGGUGUUAUCAGGCUGGCCCAGUCUCAAGAAAAUAUAUUUAGGAAAACAGAGCUUCAUUUCCAUGUAGUUAAUGCAGAAAUGGCCUUGGAUCUAGCAUUUUCCAUGGUGUGUGAAUUGCUACAGCAGUGGGAACAGACUGGUGCCGGAGUUACAGUGUUAAUAGAGUGGUUGCUAGAAAAAGAGGAUGUAAACGAGUUACAGACAACAACCUUGGUCGGAAAUGAUAACCUGUUUGACAAGGGAGACAUGAAUUUUUGGGCUGAGAAAUUAACAAAAGUGUAUCUCCUCAAUAAGCAUCUCCUCCUGCUCAUUCCAGUGACACAUCUCACUCCUUGCGAUCAACUAAAGCUACAUCACUUGGCAAGAUUUGCCUCUGAUCAAGCCCAGCUGGUGGCACACCGUCUUAAAGAAUUGCCUCCAACUCCAGAAUUUUCCCAGACUGUAGAAUUUACAAAGUUGUCUAUCCAGAAUCAAAGAAUAUCCCUUUGCCUUCAAAUAUUAGAGUUGUUGGAAGCUGGAAGUCAUACCCAUCAAAAACAAGGAACAUUUGAAAAUGAGGUACAAGCUAAAGAUAUGCUCACUGCUACCUGCUAGUUAAAAACAUUAUGAGCGGAAGGAUCGGAACAUUUAUUUUGCGUAUCCUCCAUGUACAAGGAACUAACAGCAACAAAUGCUAGACAUUUCUUUGUAUAUGAAUCCAUUAUGUCAUAAUUAGAUACGGUGUGGAAGAGUACUGUAAAUGUCCUGUUUUUAAUCUGGCCCAGUGUGUUUUGAUGCAGCUACUGAAUGAAGACGUUUUAUGUUGAUGCAAUGCACCAGGUGCUGGUCACCUGUUGCUCUGAUUUGCUGGUUUUAUUCAACAAGUUUUUUUUCUUUCUGUUGUCUAAUGCUGCAAUCCUUGUCUUUGUGUUGUUUUUUCAGUAGCGUACCAUGUUCUGCACACAAACAAAUGAGCAUAGUUAUGGCCCAUCUUUAAAAUAAUCUUAAAUUAAGAUGGUGUUUAUCAAUUCCAAACUUCAGUUAGAGUUCAAUCUUUAAUUCUUUUAAAUCAUGGAAGACUUGAAUUUGGGGGAAAGCAUUCUUUUAUUUUGUAGUCACAAAUAUCAGCCUUUUCCUGUGUUGUAAGUACUUGGUUGUCCUUCUAGUUUAAGCAGCUCGGUAUGAGAAUGUAGUUAGUUGUUCUUUCAGUACAAAUACUUUUCUUUAAGGGAAAACCACCCUACUUAAAAACAUGUCUUCCCCCAGAAGAACUCAGCAAAUAAGGCUGCUUGUUUACUGCAGUUACAAAGUGGUUCAUUAGUAAUAUAUUUCAGAAAUGUGACAGGAAAAAUAAAGCUGCCAUCCUUAAGCACUAUUCAAUAGGACCAUAUUAGAAACUUCAUUUAGACAUGGACUCAGACAGAUUGUAAAGACUUUGUGAUGUGUUGGUAUUUUUUUACAUUGAAUGUAUUGAACGGAUGUAUACUGCCAAACUGAAAAUAUUUUUCAUGCCUGAUGAUAAACAUGCUGCAGACAGUUUCUUCCCUUGAUCAUAGCUAACAAUUGUGAUUCUUAUAGUGAUGAGUAUCAAGAUACUAACUCCAGUUACCACUUGUAAAGUAGAAGAUUAUGUAUCAAUUCCAUGUACAUCAAAUAUUGAAAGAUAAAAAGGAAGUUGCUGCCUGAAAGAUCAUUUUUAAUGUAAAUAAUAUAUAUAUUACAUGUUUCCGGUAGGUGGCGCCAUAAUACAUCUUUUGCAGUAAAACACCAUAUUGACUAAUGUAUCAACAUUGAGGAGUUGCACAAAUAUUGCAUUAGUAAUGCAACUUUAGUGAAUCCAUCCUAAAUAUUUUUCUCCUUAAGGUACAAUUUAAUCACAUUUACUGUAAACAAAGAGAGGGCCUGUUCUGAGAGAAAGCUUAUCCAAUUGCUUUUAAACCCCUAUCAAAUGUGAAAGAAAGCUCCCCAAUAUUUCACUUGGAAGUUAAAAAAAAACUUUACUGCUUUGAUUUUAUUAUAUUAAAUUAGUGGUUUUAUUUGAAAAACCAUAAAUGGGUAAUUGGUUUUGGGAAAAGGUACUGCUGUGAGCUGCCAUUUCAUCACAUUUCCGUAUCAUUUAACGUUUUGGUUAUAUUUAGCUAAAUUUAAUACUCUUGGCUAACUGUAUAUUAUUCUCAGUUUAAACUUCAUAUAUUUGGCAAAUCUUGAUAUUGUGUAUGUUGCCAGAAUGAGAAAGCAAAAGGAUUUAUUUGAGUUUGAUGAGAACUAAGUAUCUCAAGAAACAUAGUUAAUUAGUAAACAAAAUAACUUUAAGAAACAUCCUUAUCACUUUGUUUAAAGUAUGGCUUUAAACGCUGUAGUAUCCCUCGAGUUUAUGGGCAGCAAAUAAUUGUACAUCAUCUUGUGUGCAUUUCAUCACACCGCGAGUUACUGUGUAACUUUUCAAUCAGAAACCUUUAAACCUUAAACAGCAGCUGGGAAGGAACAAAUGUCUGCUCCUAAGUAGCUCCCUGUGGCUUGUUUAAUCAGUCCGUUAUCUUAAAUUUUGCUUGUCCAA